AUGCCGACCGAACUUGAAGAGCUGGUGGAAUUCCUGCACCAUGGCAACACCCAAAUCAGACAAAUCGCUUGCGAAAACCUCGUCGGUUUCUCCACGGCCCAGCCUGACUUGUUCAAGCGCCAUCAACUCCUACCCGUCCGCGAUUUGGAGCUUCUGGUCCUCGAUUACACCCCAAUUGCAAAGAAUGCAUUGACCAUCCUGGUCAACCUGUCUGGCGACGAAGAGGUGCUGAAACUUCUCGCCGAGGAUGACAAGUUUGUCGAGACCUUGCUUUGGAAAUUGACAAAUCCCAAGGAACCCAAUGCUGAUGAAGUGGCCAUGCUUUUGGCCAAUCUCGUCAAAUCCGAAAAACUACACAAUCUGUUCUCCCUCAAGCGCAGAAUCCCUGAAUCCGUAUCUACCUCCGAGAACGCGAUCGAUCAGUUGAUGGACUGCUUCGUGAAGGGUGCCGAGGGCGAUCUCAACAAGCACGCCAAUUAUGAUUACCUGUCGUACCUGUUUGCCGACCUGUCCCAGACAGAGAAGGGCAGAGCCUAUUUCACCCAACGCCAGGAGUACGAUGGGGUGGUCCCUAUCACCAAGCUGACGGUCUUCACUGAGCACCGAAGCGAUAUUCGGAGGAAGGGCGUUGCGUCCACAAUCAAGAACGUGGCUUUUGAGGUCGAGUCGCAUCCAAUGCUCUUUGACGAGGACGGCGCCAACCUUCUGCCUUACCUGUUGCUCCCGCUUGCAGGUCCAGAGGAGCUGUCAGAAGAAGAUACGGCGGAUAUGCUGCCAGAUCUUCAGCUUUUGCCGCCCGAUAAGGAAAGAGACAGCGACACCAGCAUUAUCACGACCCAUCUCGAAACUUUGCUUCUCCUGACCACAACUCGGGAGGGCCGGGAUAAGAUGCGAGCUGUCAAGGUCUACCCUUUGAUCCGCGAGACUCAUAUGCAUGUUGAAGACGAGAAUGUCACAGAGGCAUGUGAUCGGUUAGUGCAGGUCCUGAUGCGAGAUGAGGAAGGUGAAGGUGAAGAUGAACCCGAAAAGCCCCAAAUCGAGGCGCCUCAAAAUGAGGAUGAAAAAGUUUCCUCCACUAGCUCCGUGAUUUUCUCUCUUCUGAUUCCUCAAUUCCCAGAUCGAUCUCGAGCUAAUGCACGACCUAACCUGAAAUACUUCCAGUAUUUCAUCAUCCCCCCCACCAUCACGUCGGCAAAUAUUCCACUGCGGACGCGGAAGCUGUCUUGCCCCUCGGCCCCGAGGUGCAAGUGGCUUCCCGCUGAAUCGGAUCGAACUGAUUCCAAUUUUCAUGAUUGUGCGAGCGACAAUGGAAACUACCCCGAGAUCGACAAUCUACCACCCGACGUGAACCCCGACAGUGGGAUUGUUCAGCGCUUUCGGGCCUUCAUGUCGCGCGCCCCUCUUCUUCCCUCGUCGCCCAUCCCGGGUGCUUCCUCUUACGGAUCAUUGGGAAGCUCAGAUGAUUCAGAAGAGGAUAUCUCAGUCCUGCGUGGUCAGAGCGUUCGUGGAGGUUUACAAAACGCGAGCUUCGAAGAUGGCAUUGGAAGUUCUUCCAACAUACCAGGGUCUACCCCGAGACGAUCACAUUCCUCUGUCAGGCGACGAAACAGCUUGUACGUAGAGAGAAGUCGUCGGCAUUCAUCCGCUGCGUCCGAUGUGGGAAUGGGUCCUGAUUCGAAAUACUCGUUUGCUACUGGGUUGGCCGUACCAGGCAACCCGGUGAUGCAGGAGACACCAGCGUCUUCGCCAUAUAUGACAAGUGAUGAUGAAAAUGUCCUCGACAUUGAUGAUGAUGAUUCGAAAUCCUCGGCCGAUGAUCCCCCAGAUAAUUCGCCGUAUGCCCAAGUACGAGCUUCGGUUCCGGCGACGGAUGAUAUCUCUCUUUCUAUUAACACACCUCGGAUGUGGAUUCUUUCUUUGCUAUUCUCUUUAACGGGGUCCGCAGCCAAUCUUUUCUUUUCUUUGCGCUAUCCUAGUGUUGCCAUCACCCCGAUCAUUGCUCUUGUUCUAGUCCACCCACUAGGGAAGUUUUGGGAUGUGGUUUUCAAACAAAUAGGUGAUCCUCUCGAAGUUUUCGAGAACGGAUCCCUUCACCACCGAGAAUUACUCUCCGGUGAGAUCGAUGCCCCUCCUGUUCCAUUGGCAUCCCGAGUCAGACUUUGGUUUGCCCAAGGCCGUUGGAACGAGAAGGAGCAUGCUUGCGUCUACAUUAGCAGCAAUGUUUCCUUUGGAUUUGCUUUCGCGACCGAUGUUAUUGUCGAGCAACAUAAAUUUUACAACCAGGAUGUUCCAAUUAUAUAUCAGUUGCUACUUAUCAUAUCCACUCAGGUUUUGGGAUAUGCAUUCGCAGGUCUAACUCGACGAUUCCUCGUGAGGCCAUCGGCUAUGAUCUGGCCGGGAACCCUGAUGUCCACUGCAAUGUUCUCGACAAUGCAUAAGUCUGUCAACAAAGAGGCAAAUGGGUGGAGUAUCUCCCGAUAUAAAUUCUUCGUCAUUGUGUGGGGAGGCGCAUUUCUCUGGUAUUUUGUUCCAGGGCUGUUGAUGCCUGCUCUAAGUUAUUUUAAUGUGAUUACUUGGUUGGCACCCAAAAAUGUGGUGAUUUCGAACUUGUUUGGUGUUGCCUCUGGUCUCGGGAUGUUCCCCCUGACCUUUGAUUGGGCUCAGAUUGCCUAUAUUGGAUCCCCAUUACUCACGCCUUGGUGGGCCGCAGCCAAUAUUGUGACGGGACUGGUGGUUGUCAUCUGGAUAGCCGCCCCGAUACUUUACUAUAAAAAUGUGCUUUUUUCUGCAUAUAUGCCCAUCGUUUCAACAGCAGUAUUCGACAAUGGUGGGCGACCAUACAAUGUGAGCCGAAUCUUGACCGCAGACUUUUUGUUCGACGAAAAGGCCUAUCAAGAUUACUCCCCAGUAUAUCUCCCAAUCACCUAUGUUCUGUCUUACGGUGUUCAGUUUGCUGCUUUGACAUCCCUUGUCACCCACACCAUUUGCUGGUAUGGGAAGGACAUCUGGCAUCAGACUAGGAAGGCUUUUGAGGACAGACGAGAAGUCCCAGGCAUGGAGACGUACCAGCCCCUUCGUGGAAGCAAUGAGACGGUUCAACAGAGUUAUGAAAUCCCAAGGACCAGCUCGCAUGAACCGAGCCAGGAAAUUCCAUUGGCAGGGGAGGAUGUUCAUUGUCGCUUAAUGAGACGCUAUAAGGACGCUCCCCUCGCGUGGUAUCUUAUAGUGUUCAUUUCUAUGCUCGCCAUCGCCAUCUUCACGGUGGAAUACACAAUAGUUAUCCAACACACCUACCUUGUGGGCAUCAUCAUGGCUGUCACCAAUCAACACAGCAGCCUCUAUCUGAUCUGCCAACUCCUUUGUGGUAUUGUAUUCCCGGGAAGGCCUGUUGCAAACAUGAUUUUUGUGACCUACUCAUAUAUCAGCUCUGCACAAGGGAUCAAAUUCUCAUCGGAUCUCAAACUUGGCCAUUACAUGAAGAUCCCACCACGGAUUCUGUUUGGCGUCCAGAUGAUGGCGACUUUGGUCUCGAGUCUGACCCAAAUUGGUGUGCUGAACUGGAUGUUCACUUUUGUCCCGGGACUUUGCACCCCGCAGGCCAUCAAUGGUUUCAAUUGCCCCAUUGCUCGAGUCCAUUUCAACGGCAGUAUUCUCUGGGGAGUCGUUGGCCCCCAGCGCUUUUUUGGCCCAGGAGGGCUAUAUCGUCCGCUUGUUUGGGCCUUUUUAGUGGGAGCCGUCGCCCCUCUCGGAGCAUGGCUGUUGGGGAGACACAGCAAGAAGAGCUUCUGGCGUAUGGUCAACUUCCCCAUCUUGUUUGGUAGUCUGAGCUGGAUACCACCUGCAACCGGGCUCAACUUUUCCAUCUGGGCUCUUGUAUGUUUUGUGUUUAAUUAUGUGAUCCGCCGAAGAAGGACCGCAUGGUGGGAGAAAUAUGCAAUGACCUUGUCAGCCGCAUUGGAUUCUGGGUUGGCAUUUGCAGUGGUCGUUGUCUUCUUCGCCUUCAUUUACCCUGGCUGGGUUGAUGGUUUCAAAUGGUGGGGGACGGAGAUUUAUAAACAAGGUUGUGAUUGGAUUGCUUGUCCAUACAAACCACUGGAACCGGGUCAACGAUUCGGUCAGUAG